AUGAGCGCCAACCCCCAGUGGGACAUCAGCAGGGCGCUGGGGAUGGCCAGGCUCUUCCACCUGGUGUGUGGGGUUCGGGAUGCCUGCGUGACCCCCUUCCUGACCCUCUACCUGAGGCAUCUGGGCCUGACGGCGCCCUGGGUGGGCAUCCUCAUGGGCACCAAGCACCUGAUCGCAGCCUUGUGGGCUCCCUUCUGUGCCUUCCUGGCCACGAGCUGUCAGAGGAGGAGAGCGCUGCUCGUGGGCUCGCUGCUUGGCUCCAUGGGCACCAGCCUGCUCAUGGUCCUGGUCCCGCCUCUGGACAACGGCCCGGUGUCGCGGGUGUGUAAUGGAAGCAGCCGUGUGGCUACGACAGUCGGACCUCUGGGGGUCUCACAGGCUGUGGACCUCACCCCAACUCAAGAGUGGGCCUCACGCCACGGAGAGGAGCCUGCGAGGUUUCUAGCCAACAGUACUGAGAUCAUGGAAAUCUCAAGUUUCAGAAACAGAGUUGAGGACAGUGACCAAGAGGUUCUCCGUCAUCUGUCCAGCAACCUAGGGGACUCUGUGGAAAGAGUCAGAACAGGACCCCGAGGUCUUCUCCAUCACACUGCUGCUUUUGAGGUGGUGGGUAGUGUCCUCUCCCCUCUUCCCAAGAGGACACAGCUGGGGCGUCCAGCCAACGUGUCAGUAACCCUGGAGACAGCCCAGCCCCUUGCCCUUUCCUGGCAAGGGCUGCAGUGGACUUUCAUCUUCUCUUUGGGGUCCUUGGUCUUCUGGGAGCUGCUGGCAGCGCCCUUGGAGCAGGUGGCCGACGACAGCCUUUACGAAUACCUGGACUUUGUGGAUGCCACUGACCGCUACCGAAACCUGUGGAUUUGGAGAUCACUGGGCAUGUCAGCAGGCGCGUGUGGCAUCGUGGCUGUGGUGGGGCAGCUGGAUUGUCUUUUGGUGACAAAUGGCCCCAAGAGUGUGUUGCACUUCUACGGCUACUCACUGGUCAGCCCCCUCAUCCUCCUGGUGAGCCUUGCCUUACCUGUUACCGUCUGCAGGCAGCAAGAGUCCAGCUCCAAAAUGGGCAAAGCACUAUCACUCAUAAGGGGCGAACCGUAUCUCAUCCUCCUGGCCCUCACUGUCUUUUUGGUAGGAGCUGCAGUCAGCACUUCGCAAAACUUUCUCUUCUGGCACAUGGAGGACCACGGCAGCAGCGAGCUGGUCAUGGGCUUCUCAGUCGCCCUCAGCUUGCUGGGGGAGGUUCUCCUCCAUCCGUUCAAGGCAGUGCUACUGGGGAAACUGUCCAGGGUGGGCAUGCUGGGGCUGGGCCUGGGCUGCCUGGCUGCACAGCUGCUCUAUUAUUUCUUCCUGUGGAGCUGGUGGUCUGUCCUCCCCAUCCAGAUCCUGGGUGCCUUCAGCAGCAGGAUGAUUUGGUGGGCAGUGGGGGCCUCAUUGGAAGACCUGGCUACUCCUGUAACAGAGAAACCUCUGACUGCCAUGUUCCAAGGCCACUUGUAUGGGGGUGGGUCCAGCCUGGGUAGCCUGGUAGGGGGCUUGGUGGUAAUGUCCUCCAGUGUGGCCAUGCUCUACCAAGCCUGCUGCGGGGUCCUGCUGUUCUGGCUGGCCUUACUCCUUGCCAUCUGGAGGAGGCUACCCCAGGAGCGGAGGAUCAACUACUCCAAGUUGCUGGUCAUGGAGGCCAGCGAUGCCAGCGACUCCGAGGAGGGGACUGAGCGGGACUGGCUUGUGAAAGCCAUGAGGGAGGAACACUCAAACUGA